AUGCGCCGUCUCAACCUAGUCUUGCUGGCGACAGCCCAGCUGUGCGGGGCCCGUCAUCCCGGCUUCAGCAUCCACGAUGACCUCGUAGCCUAUCCUCAGGCACUCUUGGACCGCACGAACCCGCACUCGACGUACUCGGCGGAGUUCUCGACAGCUUCCGACAUCUCGCAGAAGGUGCGGGAGGCCGGCGACGCCGACGACGGCGCCGGCACGGAAGUCUUUGAGAAAUACGAAAUCAUGAACAUGAACCCGUCGAAAUAUCUCUGCUCAAUACCCAUCUUGGAGCCGCAGACGCCCGAGAACCACACGGCGACGGAGCUCGCGAAGCAGGAGGAGGCGCGGGAGCUGGCCAAGGCAUCGGCCCAUGGCUGGGAGCUGCUGAAUGAGCUCGACGGCAAUUGCCUGUACUUCAUGUCCGGAUGGUGGAGCUACAGCUUCUGCUACAACCGCGAUGUCGUCCAGUUCCACGCGCUCCCGACGGUUCCCAACGGGCAGCCGCCGGUCCGCGACCCCCACACGACCCAGUACGUGCUUGGCAGAGUGCAGAAGUCUCCCAGCCAGCACCAACAGACACAGAACGAGGAACAGCAACAACAGCAGACAAAGUCCGGGGACCCGCCGGCGAACACGGAUCUGCAAAUCAAGGGCGACCAGCGUUAUCUCGUCCAGAGGAUGGAGGGGGCACCAUUUGCGAUCUGA